AUGGACACAGACACAGGCAUGCACCAAAACCAACACAGCAACCACCUCCACAACCAGCACAGCAACCAACAGUUCAAAACCCUGCACAACAACCACCUCCACAACCAGCACAGCAACCAACAGUUCAAAACCCUGCACAACAACCACCUCCACAACCAGCACAGCAACCAACAGUUCAAAAUCCAGCACCACAACAACCACAAACAGAGCAAGGACAUAAAAGAAGUAGAGAACAAGGAAACCAAGAAUUCUUAA